AUGGUAGCGUUUUGGGGUUUCGGUGAAAGUAAAGAUUACUCUUCUUCUUCAAUAAUUAAUCCUCACUUUCCUCUUUCUCAGGUGACUUAUCAAGGUGACGUUCCGAUUGAAGAAAUUCAAUCGAAGGCGCUUUCUGGUCGCGUGUGGAACCGCAGAGAAGAGGAAACAAAAGGCUCGAGGUUCAGCUACGAGGACCAGUGCGCUAAUCCCUGUUUGAUCUAUUUGUUUGAAAAGUGUUAUGAGGAUGAUUGCACAAAAGAAGAUCCUUUGCCUCAAGAAAGCUUCCAGAAGCUCGCAAUGCCGUUGCCCUUCUCAAAGCAACACCACUCAAAGCUUGUCUGUUAUAUAACGGAAGAGCUAAUGGAUACAGAGAACCCCCCACUUGUCCUGCCCAAUGGCUAUGUUUACAGCACUAAGGCUCUUAAGGAAAUGGCAACUAACAAUAAUGGAAAAAUUACUUGUCCAAGAACAGGCUUGGUUUGCAACUAUAUUGAAGUCACCAAAGCAUUUAUCUCAUAAUAUGCCUACUCAUCU